AUGUGUGCAGAUGACACCCUCUUGAUCUCGCUCUUGUUCCAUACCGGAGUCCGAUUUGUAAAGGACAAUAGUGACGCGGGUUCGACGCCGAUACGUGGCUUCUCAAGCAACAUACCACCAGUACACAGAAGCGAGGAUGCACCAGACGAAGAGGACGGAGACUGCAACGUGGAAUCGACAGCCGUGUUGUUUGGCGUGUUCGGCCAGCUACAUACCCCACGCGAUGCCGCAGGCAAAGCAGAAUACACCGCCUAUGUGUAUCGACCAAUGACUGUCUCUCCAACUGCUUUUUCCAAACUCUGCCAUUCCAAUACAAUCUAUGAAGUUUUGGAUAUCACUAUGGUAUGCCUUAUGGAUUUUUCCUAUGUUACGCUAAACUGA